GCAGUCGUCCCGGGUGGUCACACGUGAGGCUCCGCCGCGGUGUGUUGUGCUGAACGGUGUGUGAAGCCCCCGGUCGGAGUGAAGAAUCCCCCUGAGCCAUGUUGAAGUCCAAAACGUUUGUUAAGAAGACCCGGGCGGGCGGGGUGAUGAAGGUAGUCCGGGAGCACUACCUGCGGGACGACAUCUGGUGCGGCAGUGAAGUCUGCACGGAGUGUAAAGACGGAGCUCCGGUUCUGCAGCAGGACGCGCGGGUGGAGAGCGACCUGUGCGCUUAUCCUCACUACCUGAUCCCCGACACCAAUGUAGUCCUGCACCAGAUCGAUAUUCUCGAGGACCCCUUAAUCAGGAAUGUGAUCAUCCUCCAGACAGUUUUACAAGAAGUGAGACACAGAAGCCCCCCGGUUUACAAACGGAUCAAAGACGCCACUCAUGAAAAGGAGAAACACUUUUAUACGUUUACCAACGAACAUCACAGGCAGACGUUUAUCGAGCGGGAGCAGGGAGAGAGCAUCAACGACCGCAAUGAUCGAGCCAUCCGCGUUGCAGCUAAAUGGUACACAGAGCACCUGAACAAAGCUCCAAGUGUGGGGGAGCUGAAAGUGGUGUUGCUGACCAACGAUCGUGCCAACAGAGACAAGGCAGAGCAAAACGGCCUGCUGGCUUAUAGAUGUGAGGAGUACAUUAAAAGCCUCACUGGCAAUCCUGAGCUUGUGGACAGACUGGCCUUGACGUCUGAUGAUCAGAAUGAGAUCACUGGCAGCAAGCUCCUCUUCCCAGAGCACCUCCCAUUGUCCAGGAUUCAGGCGGGCAUUAAGAGCGGCACUUUCCUGCAAGGAACAUUCCGGGCCAGUAGAGAUAACUACCUGGAGGCUACCGUCUUCGUUCAAAGGGAAGGAGACGACAGCACAGAGGUUCUCCUGCAGGGCCUCCAGAACCUGAACCGGGCUGUGCAUCAGGAUGUAGUUGCUGUGGAACUUUUCCCCAAAGAGCAGUGGGUUGCCCCUUCCUCCGUGGUGCUACAGGACGAUCGGCCGAGUGAUAAAGAAACAGAGGAAGAGGAGGCAGAGAAGAAGCUGGAGAGCCCUGUGUUGGAUCCCAGUAGGCUGAAGCCCACAGGCAGAGUGGUGGGGAUUAUCAAGAGGAACUGGCGCCCAUUCUGCGGGAUGCUCAACCAGUCACAGAUUAAAGAGGCCACCAGGCAUCUCUUCACUCCAGCAGACAGACGCAUCCCACGGAUCCGUAUAGAGACACGUCAGGCCUCCACGCUGGUGGGCCAGAGGAUCAUUGUAGCCAUUGACGGCUGGCCAAGAAAUUCCAGAUAUCCCAAUGGACACUUUGUGAGGAACCUGGGUGGAGCUGGUGAUAAAGACACAGAGACGGAGGUUCUGCUUCUAGAACAUGACGUUCCACACCAGCCUUUCUCUCAGGCUGUGCUCAGCUUUCUGCCGAAAAUGCCCUGGGGUAUAACUGAAGAGGAUUUGAAAGUGAGGGCAGAUCUGAGACACCUGUGUGUGUGCAGUGUAGACCCUCCUGGCUGCACGGACAUCGAUGAUGCGUUACACUGUCGGGAACUGGAAAAUGGAAACCUGGAGGUUGGAGUCCAUAUAGCAGAUGUCAGUCAUUUUAUACGUCCAGGAAAUGCAUUAGACCAGGAGGCGGCCAGUCGAGGCACCACAGUGUACUUGUGUGGAAAGAGGAUUGACAUGGUUCCUGAGCUUCUGAGCUCCAACCUUUGUUCUUUGCGCUCCAAUGUGGAAAGAUUAGCAUUCUCCUGUAUUUGGGAGAUGAACCACAAAGCUGAAAUCCUCAAUACUCGCUUUACAAAAAGCAUCAUCAAUUCCAAGGCCUCUCUGACGUACGCUGAAGCUCAGAUGAGAAUUGAUGAUGCCAGCAUGAAUGACGACAUCACCAAGAGCCUGCGGGGGCUGAACACACUCGCCAAGAUUUUAAAGGGACAGCGAAUUGCAAAAGGAGCUUUAACUCUCUCCUCUCCUGAAGUUCGUUUCCACAUGGACAGCGAGACUCACGACCCCAUAGACCUCCAGACCAAGGAGCUGAAAGACACUAACUCCAUGGUGGAAGAGUUCAUGUUGCUCGCGAACAUCUCCGUGGCCCAGAAGAUCUAUGAGGAGUUCUCUGAGUGCGCUCUGCUCAGAAAACAUCCCGCCCCUCCACCAUCUAACUAUGACAUCCUCAUCAAGGCUGCGAAGUCAAGGGAGCUGGAAAUACGCAUAGAUUCUGCCAAGGCACUGGCAGACUCCCUGAAUGAAGCGGUUCUGGAGGACUUCCCCUAUUUUAACACACUUCUGCGCAUCCUAGCCACCCGUUGCAUGAUGCAAGCCGUCUACUUCUGCUCAGGAAUGGACAGCGACUUCCACCACUACGGCUUGGCCUCACCCAUCUACACGCAUUUCACCUCGCCCAUUAGGAGGUACUCCGAUAUCAUUGUGCAUCGGCUUCUGGCAGUGGCCAUUAACGCAGACAGCACCUACCCGGACCUGAUGGACAAACACAAGCAGUCGAGUCUGUGCAACAACCUCAACUACAGACACAAAAUGGCACAGUACGCACAAAGAGCCUCAGUGGCCUUCCACACACAGCUUUUCUUCAAGAACAAAGGCAUUCUAAACGAAGAAGGCUUCAUUCUCUUUGUGAGGAAGAAUGCCAUCAUCAUCCUCAUCCCCAAGUUUGGCCUGGAGGGCACAGUGUUCUUCGAGAACAACGACAAGCCUGGACCGCGCCUCAAUUUCGACUCAGAGGGCCCCACCCUGACCGUAGAGGAUCAGCACACCUUCCACAUAUUUGACAGAGUCAAAGUGACCAUCAGUCUGGACGCCUCCAACAUCCAGCACCAGAAGAUCAGGAUGGCCCUGGUGGAGCCAGUGAUCCCGGGUGUCAGUGUGGCGUUGCCAGAGCCAGAACCAGAGGCAAAGAAACUCAAACUGGAUCGCUGAGUCCCUCAGCUGCCCUAAAACACUGCCAUCUGAGUUUCUUUACAUUUUAAUGUUUUUUUUAAAGAAUGUAAAUGUUCUUUUGGUCUUACUCAUCCAGUACUGAAGUAUCAGUGGUUACAGAAGAGUGUACAACAGAGACAGCUCAUGGGUAUGUUCAUUAGGUUAAUGUACUUGUUCAGUCAAUGUCUAGCCAUGAACUGCUUUAUUCUGGUAAUGGCACCAAAUACAAGGCUUUGUGUAUCUGCAAAACCAUAUGAAGGGUCUACAAAAGAUCUUUCCUAGAGAUCUUCAGAAUUCAUCCACAGAUCUAUUCAAGUUUGAGGACAGAAGGGCGACUGUAAUAAAAGGACUGUUCAUAAAUUGUCA